CCUACCUCGUCGUCGCAUUGAACCGGCAAAUCGCUGGAUAAUAGCUGGGGCAAUCCCCACAAGAUUACGAGAUUGCGAACGGAUGGCAGACGCCGGUCGUUGGAAGUAUCGUUGGGUGCACGUCCUACAUUCCGAGCAAUGUAAACAGCUUACUUGGCCGAGAGAAACGACAUGUUGCUUUAAAGUUGGUGCACUGCUCCAGGCAGUGUUCACCACCUGGCCCCUUCGCAGCGUGUUGUCUCAUUUAGCAUGGGACCGCCUCGUGGAUUCUCCAGAUAGGCUUUCUUUUCUCACUCCGGGUUGGUGCGUGCUAACCUGGGACGGAUGGGGCCCUGGAAUGGCAACUUCUCCGCUGGUCUUGAACUCUUCCAGCUACUCUACCACCCCCCCUCCUCAGGCCCAGGCACGGCCCCAGUUCAACCGGUCUCAAAAAGCAACUUGUCGAGUUCUGCUCGUCAACGUUCUUCAUCUCAGGCUCACCUUGCGGCUGAGACUAGCCCGUGUCGAGACAAGGACUGUAUUUGGAAGAGGGGGAACUAUGUCUCGAGCCCUGAUAAUAUCCAUUCAGGAAUUGAAACCGAGAGCCCCUCGUCGCCUCAUCUCGUAGAUGGAGGUUGUCUGUCCCGACGGCCAGCGAACAAACACAUCGUCUCUCUUGCGACGGACAUAUCUGCCCGGCCUGUGAUGGCCAGAAAAAAACGAGCACUGUACGUGCUGGAUCUCCCCCUGCAAGAUACGGCAGCGCCAGGAUAGCCGUCUCCGCUGCCGCGGGUCCCCACGCCACGCUUGCAUUG